AGUGGCGGGUUGUUUGGUUGUCUGCUAGUUGCUAACUAAGAACACUUUGUUUUAACUCAGUGACAACUCAGUGACGUUUUCUCUCCGUGGAAAAACUGUCAUGGAGUCAACAGAGAGCAGGUUUGCUCAUCUGCUCCAGCCAAUCAGAGAACUCACUAAGAACUGGGAGAUCGAUGUGGCAUCAGAGUUAAAUGACUACUUAGAAGAACUGGAGGAGAUGUGCAUCACAUUUGACGGAGAAAAAACUCAGCUGAACUUUGCCGAGGCAGCACUGCUGAUCCAGGGCUCUGCCUGCAUCUACAGCAAGAAGGUGGAGCUGCUGCACAAUCUUGUUUACCAGACUCUGGAGAGCAUCAACGAGAAGAAGAAAAAACGUAACAAUCAGGGCGCUGACUCUCAGGAUGGCGUCACUAACUCAGGAGAAGAAAUAGAUGAUGCUGACGAGUUUGAACCUGUGGAUGUCGAGGAAUCACAGAUGUCUGCGACUUCUGACCUAAAGAAGCAUGAGUCAGUGGAUGUGAUUCCUCUUCCUCCUCAAUCUCUGGUUCCUCUUGAAGCCCUAGAGAAACAAAAGUUUCCUUUGAUAAGUUUAAAAGGCGAGGUGCUGUGCAGUUUGAAGGAUUUUAAGAUGAACCUCUUCAUCCCGGGAGAUGACGGCAUGGUCCUCCUCCACCAGGGUCCAAGAUCCAAAUUCAUCAAUGUGGAUCUGAGUCAGACUUUUUACCAGCUGCAGGAAAACGGAAGAAAUUUGCUGGCUUCACCUUCAGCCGGCACUUCAUUUGGCGCGGCUCACACUGACGAUGACGACGACAGGCACGAGGAGUUUGUGCCGUUGGAGGACCACAACAUGGAGGUGGAGCAGAACAUCGAGGAACAUGUGGAGAGACACCAGGGUCCGAGUGAAGGUCGAGUUCUUCGAGAAAGACGAGUAGAGACGGACAAACCAGUAAAUGAGGAAGAGGCGCCCCCUGCUGUGAAUGUAUGGACGUUUCAUGACCCAUACGUCGUCUACGGAGAGGAGAAACCGUUUCAGUCAGGAAAAUGUUACAAAGUUCCUGAUGGCCUGGACGAUGGAGGGAAGAGGAAACGUAAAAGAGCUCCUGCUCUUCAGGACUUCAGGAGCUGGUUCAGAGGAACCUUUGAUCCUCCAGAACACAAACUGAGACACGGACCCAAGUUCAUAGACUUGAACUAUGUUUACCUGAGUACAAUAAAGGAGAAACUGAAGAGUCGGAGCAGAAUCAACAAAAGAGCAGGCGUGGUGAUCUCUGAGGAAGAACUGAAGAAGACGUUUCUGGAGAAGGAAGUUCCAGAGCAGCAGGGGGAGGAGCCUGUGGAUGAAUUUAGACAUGAUUUGUUGGAAGGCGAAGACGACGGCCUGUCGGAGAACGAACAGGAAGCGUGUGAUGUUGAUGACUUCCCUGCUGAGUUUGGAGGAGGUGGCGGCGGCGACCUCAUUUCACCUGAUCUUGGAGAUGUUUUGACAUACGAAGACCUGGUGAAGCUUCAUGUUGAGCAACUGGUGCAAAACUCUCAAGGUUACAUCCAGGAGACAGCUCUGUCUCGAAGAGUCAAAGACUGGGAGGACAAGAUCCGUCCAGAGCUGGAGCUGCAGGAGGAACGUCCCAUGUUUGACAUCCACGACUAUGGGGACAGAAUCGUCAGAUCGCUGGGCAGUGUGGGAAACCACCAGAGGUUCUCAUCGAUCGUUCAAGGUCUGGACAACUUCGAGGCCUGUAAAUACCUGCUGGCUUCAUUGCAGCUGGCCAACGACUACACGGUGGAGGUGGACAGCGUCAAAGGUCUGGAGGAGAGUCUGGACACAAUGGGGCUGACGCUGCUCAGUCUGAACAGAGCCACAGAAAGAUUCAAGCAGGAUGAGUUCAUUGUGGGUGAGACCUGAGCCGGGGACAUGUCCUCGUACAUCACAGACACAUGGACUCAGAAAUGAUGCUGAUUGGAUGACAAUUGUUGAUUAUUAUAAAAAAAUUGCAUUUGUAACUUCAUUCUAAAAAAUAUAUAUUUGUUUUAUUUUAUGUUUUUGUGUUUAUAUAUUGUCUUUUUUUACACUGUU